AUGGAGAACGUUCUUGACGAUAUCUCCCACCGGAGAUUCAACCCCCUUCGUGGGUCCCAUGUUUUGGUCUCUCCCCACCGAACUAAGCGUCCUUGGCAAGGAGCACAGGAGAGCGCUUCCAAAACUACCUUGCCAUCAUAUGAUCCCAAGUGCUAUCUGUGCCCUGGAAACCAGCGCGCACAGGGUGACGUCAACCCCAAGUACGAGAGCACUUUCGUGUUUGUGAACGACUACAGCGCCGUAAAGGAGGAGCAGGCCUCCUAUGACGGCAACCAGGCAAAUGGUAUGAUGUCCAACUUCGUUCCCACUAGCAGGUUUGUGCUGACCAUUGCAGAUCUCGAAUCGCGCUUCCUCAAGGCCGAGCCUGUGACGGGCAAGUGCUACGUCCUCACUUUCUCUUCCUCCCACAACCUCACCCUGGCCGAUCUGGCUCCUAUCGAGAUUGUCCCAGUCAUCAACGCCUGGACCGAGAUCUACACCGCGCAUCUCUCACCCAACUCGCCACUAGCCCAGAAUGCCCCGCCCACCCACAUUGCGCCCGUCGCGCCGCAUGCAAACGUCACCAAGCCCAGGGAGCAGUAUCGCUACAUGCAGAUCUUUGAAAACAAAGGCGCUGCCAUGGGAUGCUCGAAUCCCCACCCACACGGCCAGGUCUGGACUACCAGCAACCUGCCCGAAGAACCGGCCGCCGAGCUGGAGCAAUUGCGCCGAUACCGUCAGGAGCACGGCGGCGCUCACAUGCUGGAGGACUAUGCUAAACUAGAAAGCCUGAAGCAGGAGCGCGUGGUCUUUGAGAACGAGAUGUUCGUUGUGGUGGUUCCAUGGUGGGCGACCUGGCCCUUUGAGACCAUGAUCAUCAGCCGCACACACAAGCGGGCGCUGGUCGAUCUGAGUGAAUCAGAUACCACUCUUCUAGCGGAGGCGAUUGCUGAGAUCACUCGUCGCUAUGAUAAUCUCUUUGAGACACAUUUCCCGUACAGCAUGGGUAUUCACCAGGCGCCGCUUGAUGGUACUGUCGAGGAGAUCGAGGCCUCUUAUCUGCACUUGCACUUCUAUCCUCCGCUUCUGCGCAGUGCCACUGUGCGCAAGUUCCUCGUCGGCUUUGAGCUUAUGGCGGAGCCCCAGCGUGAUAUCACACCGGAGCAAGCUGCUGCCCGGUUACGCGGCUGCGGUGGUGAAUUGUACCGUAAGAAACUAGAGUAA